UGAAAAAAUCAGCUCAUUUAUGUUUUUCAGAGUUCAGAUCUCUUGUCGGUCUUGAGUUGAGAAAGAUGAUGGUAAAAUCAUGUUUGAUGCAGACUCGACAAAAGAAGGCCAAAGCCCAGUGAUGACUUCAGAUGUGUGCAAUCUUAUCUCGCUGAGUCCAAUCAAUGAAGAUGCAGUUGUGCAGUGUCUGUGCAGUAGAUAUCGACAGGCCAAGUACUACACCUGGGCUGGGUCGACACUUGUUGCUAUCAACCCAUUUAAGGAUGUUCCUGAUCUUUAUUCUCGACAAACAUGUUCAGAAGUAAUUGAGGGAUCGUUUCCUCAUGUGUAUUGUACAGCAGAUGAAGCACUUAAAUGCUGCCAGGGUGACUACAGCAAUGCCAACCAGAGUAUCAUAGUCAGUGGAGAAAGUGGUGCUGGCAAAACUGUCUCGGCAAAACAUCUGCUGAGGUACCUCACAAGAGUAUCCCGGAGCAAGGACAAUGAAGUACCCAAGUGUAAUAAAAUUGAGCAGGGAAUAUUAGAUUCCAACCCAAUUUUGGAAGCUUUUGGUAAUGCUAUGACAGUGCGGAAUGCCAACAGUUCAAGGUUUGGCAAAUACAUACAGUUACAAUUGCAGGGGAAUAGUGAAAUCCUUGGUGCCAAUAUACAAACCUACUUAUUGGAAAAGACUAGAAUUGUUCACCAGUCAUGUAGGGAAAGCAACUUUCAUGUCUUUUACCAGAUGCUGCAGGGUGCUACUGCUGAAGAAAGAGCUGGGCUGAACUUGGGGUCAUCCACAUCCAAAGAUUUUGCUUACUUGAAGAAUGGAUGGAGGAAUAACGAUUUGGAUCAAGAACUCUGGCUUGUACUAAAUGAUGCAUUAAAAGACAUCAGUCUAGACGGUGAAGCACGCCAUAAUAUUUUUCAGCUGCUGGCAGCUCUCCUCCAUCUUGGAAACACAACGUUUGAUGUUGACGAAGAAGAUGACACCUGUGAUAUCAACAAGACUUGUUCAGAAGAUAAUGGCUGCCUCACGACUGCUUGCCAAAUGCUUAGCCUUGACCAAUCCAAGUUAGAAAAGUCCAUCACCCACAGACAGAUAUCUGCAUCCCAUGCCAGAAGAAAGAGUAUAUUUUACAAGCCAUGCACCCUUAAAGAAUGUCAAAAUCGACGAGACUGCCUUGCUAGGCUGCUUUACUCAAGGCUCUUUGAGUGGCUGGUUGAUUACAUAAAUGGGACAAUCCAGGCAAAGACGUUCUCUAAAACCAUUGGAAUCCUUGACAUCUACGGCUUUGAAAGCUUCAACCACAACAGCUUGGAACAGCUCUGUAUCAAUUAUGCCAAUGAGAAACUUCAGCAACACUUUGUUGGACAUUUUCUGCGGGAUUUGCAGGAAGAAUAUCAGAAAGAAGCCAUUUCGUGGAAUUAUACAAACUUUGUUGAUAAUUCUGCCUGCCUUGAUCUGUUAGAGUCAAACCCGAGUGUAUUUGCUCUCUUGAAUGAGGAGUGCUCCCUGAACCGGCAAUCUGAUGACUUUGCCCUGUGUGAUCGGUUAGAUUCUUCAUUAAGGGAAAGCCGUCAUUGGUCUCGGCCAAGAGACUUCAUGAGAACACCUGGGUUCAUUGUGAAGCACUACGCAGGAUGUGUACAGUAUGGUAUAGAAGAUCUAGUGGACAAAAAUAAGGACAACGUACCACUGGAAUUCAUCUCUCUCCUCCAAAGAAGUGAAUCAACAUUCAUUCAGACUAUGUUUGAGAACUUUGAGGUCGAUACAGUUGGCAAAAAAAGGAAAACCGUCCUUUCUAAAUUCAAGGGGUCCCUUGAUAGCCUCAUGUCCCUGUUGAAAGGGACCAAUCCUCACUACAUCCGCUGCAUCAAGCCAAACACAGAGAGUCAACCGGGUGUGUUUGAUAACAUGUAUGUGAGGAAACAGCUGGAGGCAUGUGGUGUUAUGGAGACAGUGCACAUCUGUAAACAGGGAUACCCAGCCAGGUUUCCUUACCCCGAAUUCCUCCAACGCUAUGGUAUCAUAUUGCGCCACAACUCGGGGUCAAGUAAGGAAAGCCCACAAACAUUUCUGUCAGAUCACAGUGAUGACAACAAGGAGAAUGAACAGCUGAGCAACCCCCUCGAUGUUCUCUAUCAGAAGCAGCUUUCCAUGAGGACGACACCAAAGAAAAAUGCGACUCCUAAGAAGAGGUUGAGAAGAAGAGCAGGCCUGUCCUAUGACGACCACUCGAGAAAGUGCUGUGCCACGAUCAUGAAGGAUGUAUUUGGUUCAGAAUUCAUGAGAAAGAGUCGCUACACGGACCAGUUUGGUAGGACCAAGCUGUUUUUGAAACAAGGGCAGCUUGAAGAACUGGAGAAAAGACGCAGCGAUACUCUCGGAAAAUAUGCCUCGACCAUCCAAGGUGCUUGGAAAAACCACAAGAAGCGCAAAGAACAUAGGUUGCUGAAUGCCGUACUGAGAAUCCAAGCGUUUUUUCGAGGUUGGCAAGCGAGGAAAGAUUUCAGAAAACAGCGACGCUCUGCAGUUAUCAUUCAAACGUUCUACAGACAUUAUGUCAAAAUACAGGCCCGGAUACCAGCAAAUAAUGGCGAGCAAAAUGAGGAGCAUGAUAUCACAGAGAGUGUUACUCAUCAAUGUGACUUUCAAGAAUCAGAAUUGGGAAGAAACCAGGGCCAAGAUGAUCCCAAGUUGAUAAAAACUGCUGAAACUAACUGCCUUACUGGUAUGAACAGUGCGUCUGCUCCAGCAUCAAGUAAAUCUGUGCCUCAGUCGAAAUUUCAUGAACUUGUGGGUGGGAAAUGUUCCAUGUUGACUGUUGAUUCGUUGAUGCCUGCAGGUAAACAUGGAUUGCCUCCUUCAAAGGCACCUUUGGCCCAGGUUUUGGAUGAAAUGCGGAUAGGUGGUGGACAGACGUAUCCUAGGAUUCCAUAUCUGGAGGGGAUGGCUGGUUUGAUAUCAAAGAGACGCAUGCCACGGGUUCCCAUCAAGUUCCACACAAGAGCCAACACGAUCCUGAAGAAUGCUCAUCUCAUAUCACAGAGGGAGUUCUCCUGUAGUCUCACUGACUGCUUGUCCAAUUACGAUGAAGUCGAUUGAAGGUGAAAGUGACAUGGAAAAGCUGCUGUUUUUGCUAAUAUAUGUGAAAAUAAUAGAUGUAAUGUGAAAAACUGGUAAAAAGAAAUGUGUUCAUUAAAAAAUCAGAUCCUGCAUUUAUUCUCAUACACCCAAGAAGUUAUUAGCUCGUGACAUCUUUCUAUUUUUAAAUGACUGCUUAAUUCAUGCCAUAAACUAUAAUGGACUUUAUAUUUUGUAAGCAUUUACUAAUACCAUUUUUACUCUGUAAUCAGGGACCAAGUGUAUAUUUGUAUAAGAAGUUUUGUAUGCCAUUUUGUACAAGUAGUUUAAUGACUCUGUCAGUAUUUGUGCAUCCAUGUCUGUUUGUCGAGGGCCUUUUCCAUUUACUCCAUAUCCAAAUACCCAUUAAAGGCUCAUUUUGAAUUGAGGUAAAUAUGUAGAGGCAUAUCAGAUAAGACAAUCUUUAUUCAUGUCAAUCCUCACACUACAUGUACAUCGUAAAGAAGAAGAACUGUACAUGAAUUUUUAAAUAAAUGCAAACUUAUUAAACUUGAAA